AGAAGUGAAAAAUAGUGUGCCAUGGGGCUGGUUAAGUCGUCCAAAAUUCUCUUGUCAAUCGUGCUUGUCGCCGCAAUCGGAAAAGAAGCAUCAGCCACACAGCAUGUGGUCGGCGGCAGUCAGGGUUGGGGUGAAUCUGUAGAUCUUAACUCUUGGGCUUCCAGUCAGACAUUUAAGGUCGGAGACCAACUUGUUUUCAAGUACUCUUCGGGGCUGCACAGCGUGGUGGAGCUCGGCAGCGAAGCCGCAUACAAGAACUGCGACCUGGGAACAGCACUGGACUCCAAGAACAGUGGGAACGACGUUGUGAAGCUGACCAAACCCGGAACCCGGUACUUUGCCUGCGGUACGUUGGGACACUGCGGCCAGGGGAUGAAGGUGAAAAUCACGACCGUUGCGGGGAAUGCUCCGUCUACCCCUGCGUCAACUCCUUCAUCUUCAGGGGCUUGUUUUAUUCAACCUUUGGCUAACCCAUUUGUUUUAGCUGCUGCAAUUUUCCUCGCCACCACCGAUCUAUUUCACUUGUUUUGAAGCCAUGGAGUUUUCUUUCCUCUUUUUUUCUUUUUUUUUGGGUAAAGAUGAGGAGCCAUCGGGUUUGAUAGAUUAGUGCUCAAUUUUUUUUUAACUACCAAGUUGAUGCAUCAAGUGUUGAUUAUACUCUAUUUUUGGUUUUGUAAGAUUUGUUUUCUAGUAUUUUUAAUUCAUUGUCAUCACUGUAUUUGACAAUUAAGGAAUUUCACCAAA